CGUGUCAUUGUCCUCAGGCAGAGAAUCACAGUCAUUGACAGUAGAGGGACAACUGAAGAUCAGCCAUGAAGCUGUUUCCACAUCAUCCUGUUAUUUGGUCCAGUUUGUUGGUUUUGUGGUUCACACAAUGUGAAUCUGAGGGCCACACUUUGAAUGCCUGUCAAAAGAAAAUGGAUGACCAGUACGAGUUGGGUAUGGUUCUCAUACGGACUUCAGCUCAGCAGGAUUCCUAUGAAGACCUUACAGAUAUAAAGGAGAAGUUUAUCUGCCUCCUCUACCCAACAAAUGAGCUCAACUGCUCCUGGUCAUUCAACACUUUAGAGAAGGAUACUAAGCUCUCUGUGUUUAUCAGCAUUUGUGAUGAUGAAAUACUGGUUGAGUCACUAAACUAUACUUCUGUGGAAAGAGCUGGAUCAGCGUCUUUGAUUCUCAGCAAUAAUAUGGCAGAAGUCAUCCUUCAUUUGAACAAGUCCAUGCAGAACAAGUGGACGUCUUACACCUACGUGUAUGACAUGGACAUGCUGGAGCUCCUUUCUCCACCUCCAAACAUCUAUGCGUCAGUCAAAGGUGGAGCCCUGGUUGUAUCAUGGGGUCUGCCUCGCACCAGAGAAGUCGUUAACUCUUAUUGUUUUGAAUACCAGCUGGACAAAGGUGAUCAGGAACAGCCAAUAUACUUGAUCGCCCACCAGUCUUACAGAGAGCCAGUUUCAGAUGCCACACGCACCUACAAACUGAGAAUGAGGACACGAAUAACAAACACCUGCUCUGGAUCAUCUCAGUGGAGUGAAUGGAGUGAUGGUGUUGUCGUGCAGAAUGAUUCAACCGAUGGCUGGUGAUCCAGUGUCAGCGACUGGUUGAAGGGCUAGUGUCUGAAAGCCUUAGUAAAUGUUAUUAUUUUUGAAACUUUUCUUUCUUGAUCAUAUUCUUUCUUGGCCCUGUGAAACUGCAUUUCGUUGCCCUGUACCUGUGCAUGUGCAAUGACAAUAAAGUUGAAUUCUAUUCUAAUUCUAUUCUAGUCUACAGGAAUUGACAAAAAGAGAUAUUUUCUUUAACCAUUUCACAUAUAGUGGCCACUAUAAUGGACAGCUAUUCAAAGACUGUUUUCUUGUAUUUGUGUCAGUGUUCAUAGUUUACUUGCACAUAAACACAACACAGUGUAUAUUAUUUAUUCGUUUUCCAAAUUCAUAAGUCAAAACAUAUGUUGUCCACAGGUGGACAUUUUAAAAAACAUUUUAAAACAGUUUUAAAAAAAGUUCAACAAU